AAGGGUUCCUUCGGUCAUGAAGUGGGCAACCGUCUGUUCAACUGAAAACCGGAGAGCACAUCGCUAGCAGUGGCAGUAAUGGGUGGAAGUGGGUGUCGCAAUUUGAAAAAUGCUGUGAUAGCAUUGCUGGUGCCUCUUCCCUCCAUUCUCUUCUUCAUCUCCUUCCUAAACCAAAAUCAAAACCCCCAUUACAAUCCCACCACCACCGAUCACACUACUCCCCAUUUCAUCUGGACAUGGUGCCUCCACCACCCUCUCCUCUUAGCCAACGCCCUCUUCUUCCUCAACGUCAAUCUUCUCUUCUGGCUCAUUGGUCUCGCCCAAUCAAGCCACUGGAUGAUCGAUUUGUACUGGACCGUCAUACCCGUUUUGCUUGUUCAUUUCUAUGCGAAUCACCCACUUGCUCAGUUCAACAUUUGGAGGUCAAGGGCUUUGAUUCUGAUGACAUGGGUGUGGAGUUUAAGGCUUACUCAUAACUACUUGAGAAGGGAGGGGUGGGCGUGGGGCGCCAGGGAGGACUGGAGAUUCGCCGAUAUGCGGCUGCAGUACGGCAAAAACUGGUGGUGGAUCUCCUUCUUCACCGUCUAUGUUUCCCAGCAGGUGCUGCUUAUUGGAGUUUGUCUGCCAUUUUAUGUGGUCCAUUCUGUUGUGAAACCAUGGAGCAUCUGGGAUUUUGUUGCGAUCGCUGUGUGCUGUUGUGGUAUCACCAUUGCCUAUCACGCUGACACUCAACUCCACUACUUUGUGAGCAGAAACAAGAAACUGAGAGAGCUUGGGAAGCCGAGGAUGCUCACUCUCGAUGAGGGCUUAUGGCGGUACUCCCGUCAUCCCAACUACUUUGGGGAACAGCUAUGGUGGUGGGGUUUAGCCAUUUUCGGGUGGAACCUGGGACAGGGAUGGACCUUUAUUGGUGCUUUGGUCAAUACAAUGUGCUUGGCACAUGUGACCAAGCUUGUAGAAGACCGGAUAAUGAAGGAAGAGUACAGAGCGGAAGCGUACAGGCUGUACCAGCAGACGACAUCAGUGUGGGUGCCUUGGUUCAAGUCAUCCUCAGUAGGAGGAAAAGAUAAGAGUGCUUGAUUUCAUAUUUACUGGUGUUGAACUUUAUUCGCUACAUUGUGCAUGUACUAUGCAUUCCUUCUUCCUACAUCCAUCCCUAGGCUAUGAAAUCUGUUGAAUUGAAGAAUGAAUGGAUUUCACUUUUGUGUAAAGGGGAACUUUCCUCUGCACUUGACAAGUUAAAUCUGCCAACUGAAGUUGCGCAGGUUCGGAUAAUUGGAUGUGUGGAAAUAUAAGGAGAUCUGGCUUUGUUUUGCUGCAAAA